AUGGUCUAUGGCAAGAUUCAAGGAUACGGAAGCUCUCCUGUCAUCAUAUUUUCGAAGACGGGUAUCGCACUGAAGUUUGGAGAGAGUAUUGUGUAUGAGGAUUAUGGGAAGAUGCUGUUAGGUCUCAAGCACGGGCUAAAAUGGGUUGAACAGCUGGAUCGGGAGGUUACCCAUCUUGGACAGCAGUGA